AUGAGUCAGCACAGAGAGCAAGAGCCUAUUGCCAUUAUUGGCGCAGCUUGCCGCCUUUCAGGCGAAGCUACAUCACUUGGAAGGUUAUGGGAUAUGAUCAGCCAUGGCAGAAAUGCCCAUGGGAAGGUUCCAGCUUCGCGGUGGGACGCCGAUGCCUGGUAUCAUCCCGACCCUGAUCGUAAAGGAUCUAUUAGCGUCACUCAUGGCUAUUUUCUGGAGCAAGAUGUAUCCCUAUUCGAUGCGCCAUUCUUUUCAAUGACGGCAAAGGAAGCCGCUGGUAUGGAUCCAAUGAAAAGAAUGCUGUUAGAAGUUAGCUAUGAAGGAUUUGAAAAUGCUGGCAUCCCUGUCGAUACGCUCAUGAACUCUCAAACUGGAGUGUAUGUCGGAUGUAUGACGAGCGAUUACGAGCAGUUGUCAACACAUGACAUAUAUGACGUAGGUGAUGUUGCAGCAUCUGGGAUGAGUGAGGCCAUGAUCGCAAAUCGAGUAUCGUGGUUUUUUGGAUUGAAAGGUCCGAGCCUCACACUUGAUACAGCCUGUUCAUCAAGCUUAUACGCACUACAUCUGGCAUGUCAAUCUUUGAAACUAAGAGAAACCAACAUGGGACUGGUAGCUGGGGUCAACCUAGUUCUACAUCCAAAUUUCAUGCAUCAACUCUCAUCAAUGCAUAUGCUAAGCCCCGAAGGCAUCUCCCAUUCCUUUGACUAUCGAGCAAAUGGUUACGGCCGAGGUGAAGGCAUCGGCUGCCUCAUUGUGAAAAGACUUGAAGACGCACUACGAGACGGCGAUACAAUUAGGGCCAUCAUCCGUGGCACGGGCACUAACGCAGACGGGAAGACGCCAGGAAUCACACAACCAAGCCCAGAAGCACAAGCCCAGUUGAUCAAAAGCACAUACGAAGCAGCAGGCCUUUCUUUCUCGGAUACCCAAUACUUUGAAGCCCAUGGCACAGGCACUCCUCUCGGUGAUCCUGUUGAGCUUUCAGCAAUUGGGGCAACUCUUGGGGUUGGGCGCAGAGCAGAAUGCGGUCCACUGUAUAUCGGCAGUAUCAAAGCGAACGUGGGCCAUACCGAAGGUUGCUCCGGCCUGGCUGGUGUCCUUAAGUCAAUCUUAUGUUUGGAAAAGGGUAUUCUUGUGCCUACUGCCGGCGUUGAGAAGUUGAACCCCAAGCUAAAGCUCUCCGAAUGGAACCUUGCUCUGCCUUCGGAGAACAUGGCUUGGCCAUCCAAAGGCCAACGCCGUAUCAGCGUUAAUUCCUUCGGGUUCGGUGGUGCUAACGCCCACGUAAUCCUGGAUGAUGCAUAUAAUUAUAUGCGAAUACGUGGGCUACUUGGAAACCAUGCUACGAGGACUUUCGAAGACGACUCAUCCGAAUCUGGAAUCAGUAUAGGAUCCGACUCACCUAGGCAGGAUGUCAACAAAAGGCUUUUCGCUUUCAGUUCGAGAGAUCAAAACGGUAUUGAGAGGCUUUCUCCACUCUACAAUGAGUUUCUGUCGAAUAAAGAGGCGACAUCAAGUACCAGAUUCUUGGCAGACCUUGCGCAUACCCUCUCAGGACGGCGUACCCAUUUCGAAUACCGCACUUUUGCAAUAGCAGAGUCUGUCUUGGACUUGCAAAAUCAGAUGUCGAAAGGCUUGCCAAAGUUGAAGCGCGGCUCAAAGCAUGACAAUCCGAUCUUUGUCUUCACUGGUCAAGGAGCUCAAUGGCCCUCUAUGGGUGUGCAGCUUCUUAACAACUGCAUCUUCAGGACGAGUUUACACAAGUCACAAGUUUUACUCGAGCACUAUGGCUGUUCUUGGGAUUUGAUUGAUGAACUAUCAAAAACCGCAGACUCCAAUGUCGAUCUUCCGCAGUAUAGUCAAGUGUUGUGUACGGUGCUUCAAAUAGGUCUAGUAGACUUACUUAGGGCUUGGGGGGUUACUCCCAAGGCCGUAGUGGGUCAUUCAAGCGGUGAAAUAGGUGCGGCAUAUGCUGCUGGUCUUCUUUCUCGAUGUAACGCGGUUAAAGUUGCAUAUCUUCGAGGGGUUUGCUCUGCCAAAGUUGCCGACAUGGUAAGCCCGCGGAAGGGUGCCAUGCUCGCAGCUGGUAUCUCAGAAGAAGAGUCAGCUGCCUAUCUGAAGCGAGUGCCGUCCGGAUCAGUCGUGGUAGCAUGUGUCAACAGUCCGUCAAGCGUAACCUUAUCUGGAGACAUUGAUCAUAUUUCUACCUUAUGCGACCUGAUUAAUUCAGACGGCAAGUUUGCCAGGCUUCUCAAGGUAAAGACGGCUUAUCAUUCUCCACAUAUGGCAACUGUUGCCCAAGAGUACAUGGAUCGCAUGGGCGUCAUUAUUCCCCUUGCUGACGAAGACCAAAUCGCACCAAUGUUCUCAUCUCUUACUGGCGACUUAGUCACUUCAAGAGACCUAGAUGGGGCAUAUUGGAUGCGGAAUAUGUGCGAGCAAGUCGGUUUCUCAAAGGCCAUGAGUAACUUGCUGAAUUAUGUCCCAAGUUCAUUGCAAGGUCGGGGUCGUAACAGAACACCAUGGAGCUCCUUCAUUGAAAUUGGCCCUCACGGCGCGUUACAAAGCCCGGUCAAGGAAAUUGUGAAAGCAAGCCAGAGCAAGGCUGCUAAAGAUGCAAGUUAUCUAUCAGCCAUCACCCGUGGGAAAGACGCCGAGACUACAAUACUUGAAUUAGCGGGCAAGCUUUGGGUUUCAGGGCACAGCAUUGAUCUCCAAAGAGUCAAUGGAAUUAUUCCCGAAUCAUUACCCGUAUCCCUGCCAGAUUUACCGCCAUAUCCGUGGAAUCAUGGCAAACAAUAUUGGCAUGAAUCUAUGACAGCCCGCUCAAAUAGAUUCCCAAGUGGCCCGUGGACAGACCUACUUGGAGUGCCAGUCGCUUUGCAAAAUCCCAUGGAGCCUAGGUGGCACAACUACCUACGUAUCUCGGAGAACCCAUGGAUCGAAGACCACAAAAUAACGGGAACUACAUUGUAUCCGGCAGCUGGUAUGAUUGUGAUGGCCAUAGAGGCUGCAAUACAGUUGAAAGAACCAAGCAGGACCAUUAAAGGAAUUACAUUCAGCGAUUUGAAGUUUGAACGUGGUCUGGUAGUACCUUCCAGAGAUCAGGCAGUAAAAACAGAAAUCAGCAUGCGGCCUGACAAUACGCAGAAUCACACGUGGUUAUUCACAGUUUUUUCAACAAUAACAGCGGGGACUUGGACAAAACACUGUCAUGGAUCUCUUACACUCGAGUAUGAUGGCGAAGACAGCAAAGGUUUGAUCUCAUCUAAAACAUGGAACGAUCUUGCUCCCGACUGGAAGGAAACCGAGAGCCAAAUAUCUAAGAACGUUGACAUGGAUGAUUUCUAUGACGAUCUUGAAUCAAUUGGUGUCGAGUAUGGACCAUCAUUCAGGAACGUUCGCCAAGCCACUGCCAUUGUUGGGGAGCAUUCUGUUUUCGGGUCGAUCAGCAUUCCGGACACUCUAUCAAUAAUGCCAUAUAACUUUGAAUUUCCUCAUCUUAUCCAUCCGGCCACUAUGGACGCCAUAUUUCAUCUUCUUUUCAUCGCAUUCUCAGAUGGAAAGCCUUUAGCAGAAGCCGCAGUACCAUACACGUUAAAACAGAUGUAUAUUUCCACGGACCUGCCACAGGGCCAUGGAAGUAUCUUUACGGGGUACGCCAAACUGAUAAGGACUGAUGGCCGAGAGACAUCCGGUGACUUGAUUGUAUCGGACGAGAGCCGGGUGUGUCCCAAAAUCGUUGUACACGACUUUGCUUUAAGGCAGGUAACAUCAUCCCAAGAGUUUUCUGUGUCAAGGGAUGACGCUGCCCAAAAGGUCUGCGCAAAUGUCAGAUGGAAAGAAGAUGUUGAUUCAACCGCCUCGGAUUUGCUAUCCGACUUUCAAACCACACACACCGCCAAUUGCGGUUUUGAAAGUAAUGAGAAGGUCUCAUACGCUCUCCUUGAACUUAUGAACAGAAUGGGACACAAAAAGCCGAACUAUGACACUGUUUUAUUUGUCGCCAGCGCAACGGAAACGUCCAGAUCAAUGCUUCAAGGCAUUUUUCGGAUGCUAGGUACAGGCCAGAAAACUGGUAUAAGAGCGCCCAGCAAAUUUCUAAUCAUAGCUAUGACGCUUGAAGCCAAAAGCCUGGUUGAGACAAUCUCAACGGCCCAUGAGGCUCUUAUCGAUGUCAAGACUUGGGAUCCUCAGUCAAAGGAGCCAUCGCCAUUCUCGGAACAACAAUUCGAUAUAGUGUUGGGAGUUGACACAUCCUAUCAGACAAUUUGCAACUCUUCUAUUUUAUCGCAUUUGUAUGAAACAGUGCGUCCAAAUGGAUUUAUUGGGAUGAUCCAUCCCCUUGCAAAUACGGCUCUGAGAGACAAUGUUCUAGAAUUGUUGAGAUCCUUUGGAUUAGAAUUCAAGAUCACUGUGAUGGAUGAAUCAGCAGAGCAAUCGAUGGUUCUUGCUAGCAAACCUCUAAUAAAAAGUACGAGGUCAAUUCCGGAGCAGGUUGUAAUUCUUCAUGGCUCACAGCCUACGCUUCAGGCUCAGACCAUGGAAAUGAACUUAGCCAAUCGCCUAAGAGCGUUAGGCUGCGAUAUUUAUGUGGCAACACUUGAAACAUUCCAUGAUUUUCAUGGAAAGCACAUCAUAUCGUUGCUCGAGGUUGACAAGCCUUUCGUUUAUCAAUGGUCAAAAGAACAGUUUGCAAAUUUCAAGCGGCUGAUAUCUAAUGCGAACCAUCUGCUUUGGAUAAGCCGAGGUGGUGUUCUGCAGAAUUGGGAAGGUGGCUUGGAAUUCGCUCCUUCUCAGGGGCUUCUUCGAGUGAUGCGUACGGAAUACCCUCACAUCAUCCUGCCACACCUUGACCUAAGCAGAACGUCAGACAUAAGCUCGGAAACAACCAUCAACAAUGUUUUGAAUGUCUGGACGUCUUCCUUUUACGAACAGCAAGUUUCACUCGAGAUGGAAUAUGCAGAACUUGACGGCUCUCUUUUCAUUCCCCGGUUCACAGAAGAUGAGGAUAUCGAUACAGAUCUGUCCUCCCACAACCAAAAUCUCAAACCCAUCCGAGGACCGUUGGAUAAUAAGGUCCCCCGAAUGCUUGCCCAGGAAGACGAGGGCCUGGUAUGGGUCACUGAUGACAAGAUUCUUCAACCUCUUGGUCGAAGAGAGGUUGAGAUAUGUGUGGAAUAUGCAACCAUAAAACAGAGCGCAGGAGGUUCUACGGAAAGCCAGUCCCACCCAUAUAACGUCUCGGUUGUUGUUGGGGUGAUUGAGUCCAUAUCAACUGAGGUUACAUCGCUUCAAGUUGGGCAACGCGUGAUUGCUCUACAGUCAGGCCCGUGUCGCAACAGAAUUCGCUCGAACGAAAUGCGCAUUCGACAACUGCCUCAGGAUAUCCAACCAGAAGAAGCAGCCGCCACUCUCCCUGCUUUGAUUGCAAGUCAAUAUACGUUGUUGGACGUGGUUAGACUUGAAAGCGACCAGACCCUGUUCAUUCAUGGCGCUGAAUCAGUAAUCGGUCAGGUCGCCAUCCAGCUCGCCCACUUGGUGGGUGCCAAAGUUUUCGCUGUCGUCAGUGGAGUUCUUGACAGGCAACUAUUCGGCAAGCUUCAUGGCAUUGGCCAGGAUCGCAUCUUUGGAAGCGUUACAAGAAGCUGUAGGACCGCAGUCUUGGAAAUGACAAAUGGGCGUGGUGCUGACGUGAUCCUCAACUGCGGUCCAUAUUCUUCCCCAGCUGAAUGUUUGGAUUGUCUCGCAGACUUUGGUGUCUUUGUGGAUCUAAACAAUGGGCCAGGUUCUCGAAAACUGACGGCGGAACCUGACCGGAACCUUACUAUUGUAAAGGCCGACACCUUUCAACUGCUUCGGGCGAAGCCUGCACUUUCGCAGCGCUUGUUCAACAAAUCUGUCGACUUGAUUGAGAAGAGAAAAGUCUCACCAGUAAAAGCUGUGACUGUCAGAUCAAUAAGCACCUUAGAAGUUAGCGGUAUGGAUAACAUUCAGGAGUCUGUCUUCAGAUUUAACGAGAACUCCCUGGUUCUUAUUCGACCAACACGACUGCCUGAACUUCAUCUUGACUCUAAAGCAACCUACGUUAUUGCUGGAGGCCUUGGUGCUUUGGGCCUACAGAUUGCUGAGAUGAUGUUUCAACACGGGGCUGGUCAUAUUGUUUUCCUUUCUCGAUCUGGAGGUGAAAAGAGCCAAGAGGUGUUGGGUGACUUCCGCAACCGAGGGUUGAAAGUGGACGCUUUCAAAUGCGAUGUCACCGAUGCUUCCCAAGUCGAAGAAGCAGUACGGGCCGUGACAUGGCAAGGGGGCUUGAUAAAAGGAGUUAUACAAAGUGCAAUGGUUCUAGAAGAUGCAAUUUUUGAGAAUAUGUCCUACGAGCAAUGGCAGAAAUCAACGCGCCCAAAGAUUCAAGGCACAAUGAACUUGCACGACUGUAUGCCCAAAGACGUGGACUUUUUCAUUCUACUCUCUUCUAUAACAUGUGUCAUUGGAAAUGCAGCGCAGUCCAACUAUGCUGCGGGCAACACUUUUGAGGAUGCCUUUGCCCAUUAUCGUCGAGCUCACGGUCAGGCGGCUACAGCGAUUGAUGUCGGGCUUGUGACCGACUCAGCGCACUUCCUUGGGGACUUUGAUAUGGACGCUUAUCUUCAGAUGUACGAACACCGUUGGGAAGGUCUCCAGACAACGCAACGAGAUCUGGAUAUUGUGUUAAGAGCAGCCAUGCGGGGUCAAACUGCCAAUGGACAAGCGAUUAAGCCUCAAAUUGUACUGGGGCUCGGUAGCAACGUUCCUAGUGGUCCAUCGGCCGCAACAUGGACGAAAGAUCCAAAGUUCAGCCAUCGCAUCAACCAUCGAAUUGGCGCAACCACCUCAAUGGACGACGGAAAACCAGUAGCGGAUCAGAUUACCAAGGCAGAGAGCUUCACAGACGCGGUCUCAAUUUUUGAGCAGAUGCUCAAAAUAUAUGCUGCCCUGGCCAUCGAUGUUUCGCCAGAUGACAUCGAUACGGAAAAGGCGUUCUAUGACUUUGGAGGUACGUUUCAUCAAUACCCUCGAGCUAUAUCAGCCGCUCCUUUUAUCCAAGUACAUACAUACUAA